AUGGAUGGACAAAAUGAUUCCUUGGCUUCUGAGUUUGUGCUGCGGGGACUCUCCAGUUCGUGGGAAACCAAAAUUUUUCUCAUAUUGAUAUUCUCCUUGCUCUAUUUAGGAAUCAUCCUGGGAAAUCUCUUCAUUGUGUUUUUAGUCAUUGCUGAUUCUCACUUACAUUCUCCUAGGUACUUCCUGCUUUCCAAUCUCUCCCUCAUUGAUGUGGGCCUUUCCACCACCACAAUCCCCAAGAUAAUCUCAGACCUUUCAAAUGAAUACAAAGUAAUUUCUUUCCAAGGCUGUAUGACACAGAUAUGCUACAUCCACAUCAUGGUAGGGACAGAGAUGGUGUUACUCACAGCCAUGGCAUUUGACAGGCACACAGCAAUCUGUAAGCCCCUUCAUUAUUUGAACAUCAUGAGCCCUAAGAGGUGUGUUUUAUUCGUAGUCACUGGCUGGGUUACUGGGCUUAUCCAUGCCAUGUCCCAAUUAGCUUUUGUUAUAAACUUACCUUUUUGUGGCCCUAAUAAAGUAGACAGCUCUUAUUGUGACUUUCCCAGGAUCAUAAAAUUCGCAUGCACAUAUGGAGCCAUAUUUGAGUUUCUUGUUGCUGCCAACAGUGGCUUCAUGCGUAUGGGCACCUUCUUCCUGCUAAUCCUUUCUUAUAUCUUCAUCACUUUCUGGACGCAUUCUUCCAGAGCGUUCUUAUCCAAGGCAUUCGUCACAUUGUCAGCUCACAUCACCAUGGUUGUUCUUUUCUUCAUUCCAUGCACGUUUCUCUAUGUGUGGCCUUUCCUCACAUCUUCAAUUGACAAAUACCUGUUCAUUGCUGACUUUGCUAUCACCCCUGCCUUGAAUCCUGUCAUCUAUACAUUAAGGAGCAAAGAUAUGAAGAUAGCCAUAUAA